AUGGCUUCCAUUUCGCUUGCUGUGAUCCUUCUGCAGCUGCUUUCUGGGAGUUGUCACAUCCAGCCUGUACAGUUUCUAAGUGCGGAGCGUGCGGAGGCUCGAGAGGAGCCUUGGUAUUGGGCCCUUGCGCUGGAUAACAGCUCUGCUGCAGAAUUGAGAAGCCACUGGGAAGCCGAGAAAGACUACCAAGAGGCAAUGCGCAGUGGCAUCGAGACGAAGGCUGCGUUUCACAUCACUCUUCUCUUCAUUGGCGGUGCAACCGAUGAGGAGCUGGCUCAAAGAAACCCCAAGUUCAAAGAUGCCCAACACAUCCACGAGCUGCGGAAGGAAUUCAAGGCCAGGGAAGGCGAGAACUUCGAGGUGAGCACAGACGAGUUCGUAUGGGAGGAGGGCCGCAUCGCAGGUGUGCCCAUGCAGCUGGGGGGGUUCUACGACCACUGCGCAAACGUCAUUCCGCACACGACCCUCGGAUACAAGAAGGGCGUGAGUGCCGUGGAGACCAACACGAUGCUUGCGCGCCUUGGUGCCACCCGGAACUUCAGCGCCGGACUGCCUGAGUGGCUCUUCCAGCUCCAUGUCGACAAGUACACCGAGAAAAUUGCGAAGUACUGCAAGGUGACGGGCAUCGACUCACCGGAGCAGCUCUCGCAGAGAGCCAAAGAUGUGGCCGCCGCAGCCGAACCACAAAACGUCACGGCGGCGGCGCAGCUGGCGGGCAUCCUCGGCAACGCCACCCGCGGGGUUUUGCACGCGCAUCGCUUGGAUGCGAAGCUGAAGAUGACCGGCGUGCUGACAGCCAUGAGCAAGAACCAGCCGUAA